AUGUUAUGGAAAAAUAUAAUAGUACACCUAGUUUUAGUACAAAACAGAAGAUUCUGCUUCAACCCCAACGACGGUUUUAUGGCUCAGUUACGAGAGUACGAGCCUAUUUAUAAAGCACAAAGUAUGGAGAUCGGUCAUCAUAACGUAAUUUCUGAAAACCGUUGCAAAAGAACGAUUCAUCAGAUAGAUGAGCGAGUUGAAGCUAUGGAGAGUUGA